GUUGCAAACUCACAUCGAGCAGCGACACACGCACACACACACACACACGCGCGCGCGCAACACAUCAACCAAACCAGCCAGCUAAGAGCAGUAGCAGCACCUUCUUGUAACCGCUUUAGCCGCCCUUUCGACCACUUAAUAAUCUGCAUAUCUAUUGGUCACCUGAAGAACAGCUACCGUUUUUCCCUUUUCUCAACAACAACGAAGAUGUCGUCCGAUGUCGCAGCUUCGCCUGUUCAGGCCACAUCCCCAACACCGAGCACCCAGACGAGCGCCCCAGCGGCACGCCCAACCCGCGCAUCGCCAUGGGGAAAGCCGGCACCUUGGAAGCAGCCGGCACCCAAAUCCAAGCAACAGCAAGACCCGUCCAAGCAGCCACCCUCCCUCGCCGCAAUUCAGCUGGAGCAGGAGCUCAACCGACAAGACGCAGAGCUUGCUCGACGCUUGCAGGAGGAGGAGAAGCAGUACGCCAAGGCCCAUCAAGGUGAGGCCAAUGCAACGCACUCGUCCCCCAUGAUGAUGGACGGCGGCAUGUCCAUGACCGCGCCACAGCCAGCGCAAACGACAACUGAGCCCGGCGCUGAGGCCGAGGCGGAGGCGCUCACGCCAGAGGAGCAGAGCCGUCGCGAUGCAGAGCUUGCUGCCAAGCUGCAAGCGCUGGAGGAUGCGCAGGCAACCUCCUCCUCCUCGUCCUCUGCAUCGACCACCACCGCGACAUUCGGCACAGUUGCGCAACAGCAGCAGGGCGCUUCCGAGGACACGUCGCAGGACUUUAUGAUUGCGCUCAUGCUUCAGCAGCAGCUGGAUGAAGAGCAUGAGGAGCAGCUUGACCACAUUGAGACGCUUGCCAACAUGUCCACGGGCAAGCUGAAGAUCCGCAUGUCCAACCAUCGCACUUACCCAGUCGACAACUCCCCGCCCAGCCACGACUUUACUCAGGAGGAAGAGGACGAGGAGUGGGACGACAGCAAGGAGGAGGCAGUUGAGUACGACCACAGGGUGCGCUCCUUUCGCGACAUGGGCGGUGCCAUUGUCACCAAGCACAACAAGCACGACAACGAGCGCAGGAACCGCAAGCGCAUGGAGAAGCACUUUCCCAUCGGAUUCAACUGUGGCGACCUGAAGGGCGUGAAGCGCAACAACAACGACGUGCGGCUGAGCAACCGCGUGUACAACCAGUUGAAGCGGUUUGCAGACAAGGACGCACGCCACGCCGCCCGCUUGCACGAGCGCAAGGAGCACUCCACAGCCGUCAUGGCGAUGGACAAGAACACGCGCGUGCUUGUGUUCAAGAUGGUCAACGCUGGCGACCUGAAUGAGGUCGACGGCGCCGUGAGCACGGGCAAGGAGAGCGUCAUCUUUCACGGCACGCGCACGCAGCGACCAGCACACAGCGGCGACGAGCACGAUGGACACGACGAUGGUGCUGGCGUUGAAGGUGUUGAAGGUGUUGAUGGUGCUGAGGGCGCCCAUAUUGACAGCACACCCAGCGGUGACGACGAUGGCGAUAUGCCAGGACACGAGGUUGAGGUGGCGUUGAAGGUGUUCAAGACCACGCUGACGGAGUUUACGCAGCGACAGCAGUUUCUGCACGGUGAUCGCCGGUACGACCGCCGCGUGGGCAAGCAGCACGCGCGCAAGCUGGUCAAGCUCUGGGCAGAGAAGGAAAUGGCGAACCUGGCGAGAUUGGAGCGUGCCGGCAUUCCGUGCCCGCAUGUGUAUCUGCAGCGGCGCCACGUGCUCGUCAUGUCCUUUAUUGGACGAAACGGCCGCCCCGCCCCCAAGCUCAAGGACGUGGACUGGGAGCGCAAGUCGCAACGCAACCUGGUGCGGUGCUACCAGCAGGUGUGCGACUACAUGUGCACGAUGUACAACCAGUGCCAUCUUGUCCACUGCGACCUGAGCGAGUACAACAUCCUCUGGUUUGACCGCAUGGCCUGGAUCAUCGACGUUGGACAGAGUGUGGAGACGCAGCAUGCGCGUGCGUUGGCGUACCUCUACCGCGACUGCGAGAACGUGUGCAAGUACUUUGAACGGGUGGGCUGCCCCGAUGUGCAGUCACCGGCCGAGCUCUUCAAGUACAUCACAGGCACCACCAUCACGGAGGAGCAGGGCAAGGAGGCCGUGCAACACAUCCCCGUGCUCGAUAAGUGCGGGCAGUUGAAGGUUGGCGAUGCCGGUGACUCGUCUGACGUCGUUUUCAGGAGCGACUCGCUCUCCCUCGCUGAGCUGCAGAACGUGCUCACCAGCGGCUCGAGCGACGAUGACGACGGUGAUGACGAUGCUGGUGGUGAUUUGGACUUGAAGGAGGAGGAGGAGGCUGUGGUGGAGAAGGAUUGUGAAGAGAGUGUUGCUGUUGGGACUGAUGGCGUUGAUGGUGGCGAUGGUGGUGAGAGCAAGUUGCCCAAGGACACUGCCACUGCUGCAAUGUGAUCUUAAGAGAUGAAGAUUGAGUGUAACGUGCGUGUUGUCGUGUUGCUGCAUGUCGUACGUCGUCCACACAUCGGAGCACUUGCGAGUGAUUGGAGUGGCUGCUUUGUGACUGGUGCAACGCUGCCUGCUUAAUGCUUGCUGAGUUGACUGCAUGGAUGGACGGUUGCUUGAUUGGUAGAUGGGUUGAAUGAUAAGUUGACACGCCCUUUGAGUGUGCUGUGAGCCCAUUGUCAUCAUAUCACGUCUCCUCUUUUCGUUGCCCCAUCGUCUAUGUUGGCGCAUCUGUCGCAGCAUGUAAACAGCACCACGACCGGA